AGAGGAGGACCGUGGUGAGUUUGUGGACCUCUAAACGGCUGAGGAGCGACUUCUACUGCGGAAACAUGUCGACCGACAGGACGACGAGCCCGUGCAACAAAUUUCAGGAAAAUAUUUUUAACAAAAGUAAAUGUCAGAAUUGUUUUAAACCACGAGAACUUCACCUGCUGAACGACAAAAACAAGGAGCAGGUAACUUAAAACAACGUUGUUCUGGCUUCACGCCACAAAAAGGCAUUUUAUCACCAUGUACAUUUCAAGUUUACAUAGUGUGUUGUCUUAGAUAUUAUUUUUAAUUAUUUUUAAGAAUCUUAAACUUCUGGGACAGAUAAGUAAAAAAAAAUUAAAUGUUUGAUUUAUAAAUAAACCUAAUUACAGACUUCAGCCUUUAAAACAUACUCUGAAAGAAGGUGGUAUGUUGAAAUUAAGGUUUAGUUAAAGCUUUCUGCCAACACUACAGGCCUAAAUAUUUUAGGUUCAAAUGAGGGCUGUAUUGUCAUGCUGUAAGUCAGGGGAGAGGGUUAUAUUCUUAUCUUUUUAUUUCUUUUUUUAGGUAAAUCUAGGUUAGGUCAGCUAGUUUUAUUAUCUGUUAACCUUUUAAAAUGAUUAAUUUAUCCAACCCUGUGUUUUUAUGAGUUAAUAAGUUAAUCAGUGGUUCAACCCAAAAUAUGCCUUCACAGCUGAAAGACUCAACUCCCAUUGAGGUUUUAAUGUCGGCUUUAACAUUUUUUUGUUGACACAAACUAUCUGUUGCCCAUAAAUCCUUUCAGCUCUGUACUAAAAUCAUCAUGUGACCAUGCUUGUUUACGUGUUUCCCCUCAGGUGAGGCCGAUAUAUGGAGGCUGGCUGUGUUUGGCUCCUGAAGGGACAGACUUCGAAAACCCUGCGCAGAGGUCCAGGGUACGACAAUAUUAAGAAUGACUGAAGCAAAUAUAGAUUUUACAUGUGACUGAUUUUUAUUUGACUUUUUCAACUCGCACUACAUUCUUGUCUCUUCUUAAAGGUGUUUUUGUCCCUUUAUUUUUCAGAAAUGGCAGCGACGUUUCUUCAUCCUGUAUGAGGACGGCUGUUUGAGCUUUGCGCUUGAUGAACAGGUAAGAAACUCAAACAGAAUCACAAAAAAUCUGAUGAAAUUUGAAAACCAACCUACAGUCAUGAAACAGCUGCAUGCGGUGACACUACUCUGAAUGUACUUCUGCAUGAACCGAGUAAACUGUGUGUUAAGAUCAGCAUGUUGAGUCCAGAUGUCGUGAGCAGACCACAAGGCAUAAUUUGGGUUUAUCCCCUCAUUUAAUGCUCCCUCCCCCACCGUGUGAUCCCUAAAAUCUGUUUAUAGUCUAAUUUAACCAAACUCACCCUUUUAAUUUUAAUACCUGUCACACAUCAGCUGACCAGUAUGACCUAAUGUCUGUCUUUACCCAUUAACCGAGGACUCUUCCUCAGGGGACCAUGAAUCUGACUCUUGGUGUGUGUUAGCGUGUGUUUAUGUGUUUCUUAAAGGCUUAUAAGUCGACUCUCCAUUGCAUAAUAAUUCAGUAAUUGGCUCUCAAUGAUAAGAACCUGGAUCUAUCUUGACACAACUCUCUUCCUCAUGGGAUCAUGAAUUUGGUCUAUUUUCAUGAGCUAAUAAGUUAGCUCUUUUUUCCAACAAAGACUUGCUAGUUGACUUUAGCUUGUACCCCCUUCAAGUACUUCCUCAGAGGAUCAUGAAUCUUUCUUGUUGUGUAUUUUUGUCACUCAUCAGCUGAUUAUUCCCUGUUUUUCCAACAUAAUUCAGUUAUUGACUCUCAUGUACCAUCUGUCUUUUCUGUAGCCGAGCACUCUUCCUCAGGGGACCAUGAAUCUAACUGUGAGCUCAGACGUCAGCGAUGCAGAAGCCAAGACGGGUCAGAGGAACUCCCUGUGCAUCUCCACGCCACAGCAGGAAGUCUACAUCAGAGGAGACAGCAAAGAAAUCAUCAACGGGUCAGAACAUUGAUCAAUCAGUUUAUUAAUCAGUAGAUCAUUAACAAGAAAGUGUUAUUGAUCACCCCUCUUACCUUUGCAGGUGGAGUGAUCAGCUCUCUGUUUUUCUGCAAACCAAUAAACAGAACCAGAAGAAGAAACGGAAAGUAGAGCCUGUGACCUCCCAGGUACGACAGAAGAAGAGAACGAUCAGUUGAACUGUGUGGUUUUUUUCACUGACUGUAGUCGAAGGUUGACAGAUCUGCUCUUUUUUUGGAGAGGGAAUAUGAAAAAUAUGUUGUUCUGUUUUCAGGAGCCCAGUCCAGCAAAGAUGGCCGCCACUGAUCAAAGUUUCUCAUCCUCAGAGAGUCCUUCAGAGUCCAGAUCAGGUCUGACAUUCUCACAUAUUUUGAGCUCAAUCUCUUAUCUCCUUUGGCAGAUUUGGAUCAAUUUUUAAGGCACCAACUCCAACCAGAGAAUAAUUCAGUCUGCUGUCAACAAACAAAAUCCAGUCUGAGAUUUAUUCCACUCCAGCCUUGUGCCCAACCUUUAUCCUCUCAGUACUUCUUAGUCUCUCCUCAUCUGAGGACACAGAUCUCAGUCAGGUCUGGUGCACAGAGCUGAACAAAAAGAUGACACCUUGUCUCUUAAACAAGUCUACAAACGCAAAUUAAAUCUCACAUUGUUACCAAAACCUUUUCUGUCUCUCUUUACAUCCAGGCGACACGUCUCCCAGUCUGAGUCCAGUCUUCAGGGAUGAAGGACGUUCGCCUGACCCAGUCUGUGUGCUGGACCUGCUGAGCAAAAACUAUGAAGCUGAGAGGAACAACAUCAGCACAGACACCCAGGAACAGGACAGAGACCUGAACCAGGAUCCAAACAAGAACCAGGACCAGGGCAGGAAUGGGUGAUUUUCACUGACUGAUUCAGAUGCUAGAAUAUGUAAACAUGUCGUGUUCUUUCGACUUGUUGUUGAAGUUUUGUAGUUUUGGACAUUGACAUUCAGUUUUUUGCUCUCAAUAUCAGUCCACACUGCUCAGCUGAAGGUUGUCCUGCAGCAUUUUAGCUUACCUUAGUAUUUACUUUAAGUAUUUUUUAAAUGCUCUGUUUGCUUAAUAUUCAUCUUCACUAAAUAGCUUUUUUCAAAGGAAAUGUAAUAACAGUUAAUAGAAAUGAUAUAGUCGAGUUAGUAGUCCCAGACCUAGUCUGAUACCCUUGGAAAAAGAGAAGUUUCACCUUAAAAGGACCAGCUGCUGUUGUUUUUGACAAAGGUGACAUUACAAAUCCCACCCUGACUUGAUUUUGAGUGGUAAGUGAUAGAGAGGUGACAUUAGUGAGGGUGGAGGUUUUCUAAAAGUUGAACUAUUUUCAGCAGGGAUGAGAACAGUGAUCCACAACUCGAUAUCAUCUGACAUUAAAUGAUAUGUUGCAGAGCUCAGAGCAACUGUGAGAGAAAGUCUGGAGCACAUCCUCCACCCCUCCUCUCAUCUCAUCACAAGAAGCUUAUACAUUUUCUUUCUUUCUUUCUUUCUUUUUCCUUUCUUUUUCUUUCUUUCUUUCUUUCUUUCUUUCUUAUUCUUUCCUUCUUUUCUUUCUUUCUAUCUUUUUCUUCCUUUUCCUUUCUGUUUUUCUUUCUUUCUUUCUUUUUUUCUGUCUUUUUCUUUCUUUCUUUCUCUCUUUCUUUUUUCUCUUUUUUUCUUUCCUUCUUUUCUUUCUUUCUUUUUCUUCCUUUUCCUUUCUGUUUUUCUUUCUUUCUUUUUAUUCUGUCUUUUUCUUUCUUUCUUUCUUUUUUCUUUCUUUUUCUUUCCUUCUUUUCUUUCUUUCUUUCUAUCUUUUUCUUCCUUUUCCUUUCUGUUUUUCUUUCUUUCUUUUUUUUUCAGUUUUUUUUUCUUUCUUUCUCUCUUUCUUUCUUGUAUUCCUUUCCUUUAUUCUUUUUCUUUCUUCCUUUCCUUCUUAACUUUUUUUGUUUUUAAGUUAUUUAUCUUUUUUUAUAUAAUUUUUUCUCCCCCUUUCUAUCUUCCUUUUGUCUUUCUUUCUUCCUUUAGUCUUUCUCUCUGUUCUAUUUGUUUUUAAAUGGGCCAGUACAUUGCUGUGGACGUAUCGGUUUAGUGAGUCUAAUCUGUCAAGAACAUUUUUGAUCAGAGUAUUGAUGACAGUUUAAUCGUAUAAAUCAGGACGGCAGUAUUUUUCCGUAUUGAUGGAUUGUUCCAGCCUGAAUUAUCAGCUCAGACUGCUUCGAGCACACGAACAGGAACAGGAACACUGAACUGUAUUAGUAAGUGUGAAACACAGACGCUGCCUGUCUAAAAAACUGUGUUAAUGGACACAGACAUUUAAAGAGCUUGAGAGAGGGGGGGUUAAUGUGCAAACAAUUAGCACAGAGGACCCCCCCCCCCCCCUUUUAGAGCCAUUACACAUGGUAAACAGCAGAUCACAGACUGAACCCCCAUCACUCAUCAGACUGCUGACUUUUUAUUUGAACACAGUUAAAGUCCUGACUCUAAACUGAUUCAUCACAUGUAAUUAUAUCAGGGAAAAGACAACAAGUUAAAUUUAAACUCUGAAUAACUGCAGAAACUCCCAAGCGGUAUCGGUAUCACAUAUCCGAGCGAUGUGUCUCAGGAUAUUAACAAUGUUGAGUUGGAUAUAAAAUAGCUAAACAUCUGUUUGUGUUUACAGACAUGGCGGCUCGGCAGAGAGCAUGCUGGGUGUGGACGAGCAGGAAGACAGGUCAGCUGUUUCCAGGAAGAGAGUGAGAGAGGGGCGCUCCAACACACGAGAGGUAACAUCAGAAACAACAAGUACACAACAGUUACAACAACAACACAUUAAUUCAAACACAUAAUGAGAAUACACAUAGGCAGUGGGCAGUGUCGUCAUGUUUUCCCUCUGACAUGUUGCUGCUCUGUGAUGGGACAGAGGUGGAGCUGGGGGUGAGGAUCUCCACAAGUCAUCCUGUAGGCGUGUUUUCUAACAACAUGCACUCACACAUCAUUCAGCAGCAGUGCGUUAUGCAACAUCUGCAAGUCUCUGCACAGUUCAUCCAUAAAACAGCCAAGGAGUGACUCACAUAAUUUAACAUCACACAUAUCUGUGACUCAGGCGUCCAGGUGUUGCAGGAGGAGAGAAAACAGGUAAACACAGAAUAUAACUUCAUCACACUGUGUCACUGUGUGAACUUGUUUAAAUCAGACAGACUUAGACUACACCUGGUUCAGGUUUACUCAGGUGUUUACUCACUAAAAUGUCGCCAAGCUGAAAGUCAAAAAGAAACAAGAGGACAACUUUAUCCUGACUGUCUCUAUGUGUGUGUAUGUGUGUGUGUGUGUGUGUGUUUGUAGGGGGAGGUGUAAAUGUGGAUGUGUGUGUUGUAAUCUCAGAGACAUUCCUGUGACAGAUUUUUUCCAGGAUUCCUCAGACCAGAAACAAGACACAACAUAACAUUACGACACUUAACUUGAGUCUCCACAACCCACACACAUUUACCUGAUCAACCGUCAGUAGCAGCUAAACGUGAGAGCAUCAAAGACUCUGCAGCCUCUCUCUUUGUUUCAGUCGUGAGUCACAUCCUCAGCCUGCAGCCUUUUGCAAAUCUGCUUAAAACCCCUGAGAAUUUCCUGACUUUAUCCAGGUGAGCUGCAUGUGGAGUUGAAGUCCUGAACCAGUCCCCCCUGAUGAUAAGGUGGCUUUUCCCCCAGGCUCUGGUUAGAUAUCUGUGUAGAGUUGGGGGCAGUCUUUACGUAGCAUCAAGUAAUAUUCAAGCGCAUUAACCUUGGCUGUCUGGAUUAUUUUUUGAGGUGAUACAUACAUGUUUGAGUGAGAAGCACUGACUUGACACUCCUCUUCCUGCAUGCUCUUCACAAGCCCUGCCCCCUCAUCCCCCAUCCAAACCAAAUGGAGAAUAUUGAGUUUUGAGAGUGUGUCAGACAGAUAAUCUCCUGCUGUGAGGUGCAUGUAAGAGACCUCUUUCCGGAAACAUCAGGAUCUAAAAGGUCCUUGAAUUAUCUCAAAACACAACGAGUUCAUGAGCAGAGGAUACUAGACAAUGUGUGUUAGUGUGUGUGUGAGUUUUACAGUCAGUAUUAACCCCUCCUCCAGCCCCCUACUGUGCAGCCCUGAUCCCCCAUCUGACGUCUGACAUACAUCCUGGACAUUUCUAAACCUUAUCAAACUAAUCCACUUAGACACGACUUUCCUACCAAUUUUAUCAAGAUAUCAUGAAAAUCAGACGACACUAUCAAUUAUUUUAAAUAUGACAGAUAAUGUGGAUGAUAAUGUUAAAUGAGCGAAAUUGUAAGAAGGUUCCAGACAAUAAUAAUUGUGACAUUGGUUAGAUGUGAAUGAUAAUGUGAAUCGUAUAUGAAGUACUGUAUCGUGUUUUCAUUUUUUCAGAUUGAAAUGAUCAUGUUAGUGAGCUGUAACUAAAAUCAGUCACAAAAAUAGUAAAAGAUGUCUUUGGUCUGAUAACUAUAAUGUGAUCAAAUAUUUUCAGAUAGAAAUGGUAGUGUCAUUUAAAUGUACGAUAAUAUAAUUCAUCAAGCUAAGUAUAUAAAAAUGUCAGCUGUUUAGUUGAUCAUAUAAGCAAGAUGUGAAUGUCAGUCACACAUACAGUCUGUCAUAAUGUAAGUCAGAUUUAAAUUAUGUCAUUGAGACUUGUGUUAAUCAUAUUUUUAGAUAUAAACGACAAUGUCUCAAAGAUAAGAUAUUUACAUGUAAAUUACUUUGUUCAAAAAUAUAUAUGUAGUAAUGCUGUAAUUGAUUUUUGUUACAGAAGCUUCCAUCUUGUGGAGAUCUGACCCAGUUGUGCGUGUCACCCCCUCAGAGGAGGACCAGGUCUCUGGACGACAGGACAAACGACACUUUCAUAACUGUGAGACACGCACUGACUGUCAACUACUAAUAAAAGUGAUAAUAAGCCGUACUUUACUAAGUAUUUAGAUUAAAAUGUUAUCUGACACACUUAACAUCGAUUGAGUUUAUAAAGAUAAUCUAAGAUUAGUGUGUUAAUGAAAGCUGCAGCAGGUCACAUGACUCUCUGCUGCUGUGGAUGUGAGAGAGGGAACCAUUGGUGGAAAUUACAAUGAUGGCAGCUCUAACAGUGACCUCUAGAGGCCUUAAAGAGAAAGUGUACCCUUAAAUAUGUGAGAAGGAGCAACACCUUUCUUUUACUUUUAUUCAAGUUUACUAGACAUGUAAAAAAAAAAAACUCAACACCUGCUUGAAUUCUCAAAACCCUUUAUCUCUUUAAACAAAUAGCACUUUCUUUAUCAUUUUUACUCCUUUUUAGGGCCAAGUUAAAAUUCAGAGGCAUGAAAUACAAUAAAAAUGUCAAAUGAAGUCAAGCAGAAGAAUUAACUCAGCUGCAAAGACAAAUCUCUUUUUUUUUUAUGAAUUUGAUGAUUCUUGUAGUUACUGUUGUUUUGUUUUGCUUUUUGGCAGCCGGAUUUAUUAAACUUUAAAAAAGGUUGGAUGGUCAAACUGGAUGAAGGGGAGCAGGUACACAGCUAAAUAUCUUUUACAUUAAUCCAUGUUUUUUUAUCAUCAUUGUUUCUGAGAUGACAUCUCUUUGAUUUAUUCUGUUUCCUGCAGUGGAGGAAGUUUUGGUUCGUUCUGUCAACAAACACGCUGAGGUUUUACAGAGACUCAUCAGCUGAGGAGGUGCGUACGGGGGAUUUAAAAAUAAAUAAAUAAAACUGAACACGUUUGAGUUUAAUUCAAAAUGUUGAAGCCUUUUCUCAUUAUCAGUUCUCAGAUCUUGAAGGAGAAAUUGAGCUGACAAAGUGUUUCAAAGUGUCUGAAUCUGACGCUCAAAGAAAAUACAGCUUCAAGAUCCACGUAAGGGAAAAUCUUUAACAACAAACAUGAAAUAAUUUUGUGUUGUUUUCUGUUUUAAAACGUUAAAAAAUACUUUAUUUAAACAGAAAGUGAAACUGUUUUUAACUCACAGACUCUUCAGGGCGUCUUCACGCUGUCAGCCAUGACAGAAGGGAGCCGCAAGAGCUGGAUUCAGGCUCUGAUGAGACAUGUACAUCAAGCAAACAUACCUGAUAUCACCAGGUAAGGUGAAAUUUGAGUAUUUGUGGAAGAAUAUCAGGAUAAAGAAGCAAAACUUGAAUGAAAAUAAAAUAUCCAGUAAUUUUAUUUUUGGUGCUUUUAUGAUUUAUUGUUGAUAAACUCACCUCUCUCAUGCUGAACAGUUCAUUUGGACCCCUGAUGUCACCCGAGCUCCUCCAUGAACCAGACCUGACUCUGGACUCCUCUUCAGAGGGAGACACUCAGAUUAAACACGUCAGUGUGGCGCAGAGACGAAGAGAAGGACGAUACAGGACCUUAGACUGGGCUGGGUUCAGGUCUCAGACUGAACCUGGAAACUUGAGCUCUGAGGAGAGAAGGAGGAGGAGGAAGGAGGAAAGGAGGAAGAGGUAUGAGAGCGUGCUGGGCCUGUCCAUGAGUCCAGACUCCCAGCAGAAGACAGAGGAGGUGGAGGAGUGGUGGAGGAAGGUGGAGACGAGUUUCUUCAGACCGGAGAACAGUGUUCCUGUUUUUACUGAGAGCAGAGAUUCUGAGGAGCAGCUGGACCAGUACCGGACCAAGGUGAGAGACACAAACAGCAGCUUUUCCUGCAAGAAGCUCUGAGUUCCCCCUGAAGGAAAAACUCUGCCAGGUCAACUUUUUUAAUCUUUUAAUCAAAUUCUUCAGGUGGAGGAUCUGACAGCGCGCCUCAAGGAGUCAGAGCAUCUCAGACUGAAGCUUGAGGAUCGUCUAAGAGCAGAAACCAAUCAGCAGGUCUGACACGUUUCAGCUCUGAUAUUUGAGUCAGACUCUGUUUAACCUUUUGGAGACGAUUUAACUUUUUUCCUCCAUCCUCAGCUGGACGUUUUUCUGAGCUCAGAUCCACAAGAACAACCAUCAAGUUUCCAAACAGAGACUCUAAAAGAGACUAGAGAGAGCUCACCUCAGCAGAAACCCCCUCUCUUGACGCCGAGCAUCUUACUGCUUGACUCAGAUGGAAACCUGAGGGACCUGCUUCACACAGGCACCUUACCCUCAUCAUCUUCAUCACCACGCACAGAGGGGUGGACUUCAGAGACUCACACAAGCCACGAUGAGGUCCUCAGCUCAGACAUAAUAAUGGAUCACACAGAGUCUAUUUUGUUGAUCACUGAUCAGUCUGCAGCAACCGAUGACUCUUCUCUGAGCGCCUGUGUGGAGCAGCACCUCCCUCCAGACCAGGAGGUGUUAAGGAGGCUUACGCAGGAGGUGCAGCUGCUCGUCAGCCAGAAGGAGGCACUAAACCAGAGGAACCAGGAGCUGCUUCAUCAGCUGACAGAGGCCAACUAUGAGAUUGAGCAACUGAGAGCGGAGCGAUGCAGGAGGCCCACUGAAAUCCAACACCUCCAUGUUGAAGAGCCCCGACACCGCCAUGAUGAAGUAUCUGGACAACUCCAUGAUGAAGUACCCGGACACAACCUUAAAGAGGAGGAGGAGGAUGAAGAUGUCAGGGUGGGGGACUUGCAGGCUGGACUAAUUCAGAGGAACCAGGAGCUGUUGGAGGCUCAGAGUCUGAUCUCCUCCCUCGUGGAGAGUCUGAGGGAGACGGAGGAGCUGCUGGAGGUGAGCGAUGCUGCAGAAAAAGAAGAGGAGGAACACCACCCUGAAUGUUCGGAGGGAUCCGAGGUGAAGCUGUUGGAGCUGGAUACACUGCAACCGAUGGAGAAUGGUGAGCAGGAGGAGGAGGAACUUCACAGUCAAUCACCUGCAGAGGCGGAGUCUGAUGUCAGGGGGCGGAGCGACAGAGAUGGAGAGAGCAGCAGAGUUGUAGUCCCUGUUGAGGAAAAGGUCUCUAAGAUGAUUGAGGAUAUGACAAAGAGGAUGAAGGCUGUGGAGAAACUCCUGGAGGUGAUGGAGGAGGUGGAUGUUGGGCUCAGUGCGGCUGAUGAUGAGGAGGAGGAGGAGGUGGAGGCGACAGGGAAGAGUCUGCUGAAAAUGGAGGAGGAGUUUUGGAGAUCUGUGCUCAACAAACUGGAGUCAAAUCACUCCAAACACCAGGAGGAGGAAGAGCUUCUCAGGGAGGUGACGGAGCAGAUGAUGGUGGAGAAACAGGUGCUGCUUUUAGGGCUCAGUCUAAUUCCUGAAAUACAUGAAAGCAAAGAUGGUCUGAUGGACAUGAAUUUCAUCUGUAAGGGAAAAGGCAGCUGUAGUUUUGACAUCAAACAUUUCAGAGACGUCACACAGAUGAAACUGUUUUUGUUGAACCUUGUUGCCUCCUCCAUCAGCUCUUCUGUCAGCUCCUCCACCCUGGACAGACUGGAUCAGCUGGUCUCCAGACUCUCAGGCUCUCAGCUUUCAGAUUCUCUCUGGUUAAGUCUGAUUGUCUCUGCAGCCUCUGAAGCUCUAACCUGUGUUUGUUUCAAUCGUCUUCAGUGGAAGUUUGAGAGGAAAUUCAAAGAAAACGAGCAGACUCCGCCCACUUCUUCUUCUCUGUGUUCAAACUGUUUUGAAUUGACUAAAGAAAACCAGGAGCUGAGAGACAAACUGUUCAACACAGAAGAAGAAGAGCCAUCAUCACCGGUGAGGGAGCAGAUGGACUCGAGCUGUCAGACAGAGGAGGACACUGAGGUUGCAUAUAAUCACUUUACGGAGGGAAAUGAUGAUCAGACAGGAGAGGAGAAGGAGGAUGAAGAAGAAGAGGAGAGGAUGGAGGAGGACACAGACUCAAGGAAAAAAGAACAGUCCACUAAAACAACCGCAGAGGAGCUGUUGCUGCUGAGGGGACGGGUGAAGGAGCUGGAGGAGCAGCUGUUUGUUAUGAGAGAGGGGUUUGAUGGGAAACUGAGUUCAGUUCAGAGGCAACAUGACAGAGAGAUGGAGAAACUAAAGGUGAGAGCGGCAAAGAGAUUUUACAGGAGCGUAUGACAGACACCAAAGAGAAAAGACUUGAUCUGUUUGUUUUAAAUAAAACAAAUUUCAGAAUUACAAGAUCGUUUUUGUAAAUAAGAAAUUCUGCCCAGUUUUUCUGAAUUAAUGUCUCUUUAUCCCUACAAUUACAAAGAAACUUAGGUUUGGUUCACAUUCAAGCCUUUCAGUUUUAUUACAAUAGUGCCAUGAUAUUUACUCACAAGCUCUUUGAGGUUCGAUAUGUUACAGAGAGGGUUUCUUUUGCUCCCUCAGACCACCUGUGGACGGGGCUUGGCCUCUAUGGAGGAGUCUCAUCUGAAGGUAGUCGAGGAGCUGCAGCGUCGACACCAACAUGAGGUGGAGCGCCUCCUGCUGGAGAGAGACAGACUACUGGAGGAGGAGAGUGCUGCGACUGCGAUCGGUAAUGAGGAGCUUGUGUUAAACAUUGUACUUUAUGAAAUUAUUCUAUAAAACCCAACAUAAUUUCACACUCUGGCAAAUUCUAGUAGUAUUUAAAUGUUAAGCAGGUAUAUGUGUGUAUGCUUGACACAUUCAGCUCGUGAGCUUGUUUGCUCUUUGUCAUGAAUUUUAUUACUUUUCUACUGUGUGCGUUUAUUUCACCUGUGUUUUUCUGUCAGCCAUCGAGGCGAUAAAAAACGCUCACCGUGUGGAACUGCAGGAGGAGCAGAGGAGGAGUAAAUGUGAGUGCAGCUCAGGAAACACUCACCUGGAAGCUGUUUACAGACGACACAGGUGAACAUCAUUCAUCACUGACCGGAGAUAUAACACUGUCGUAUUGUUGGUGUAGAAAAGUCUUAACUCUGUGUGUUUGUGCAUGUGCAGAGAGGAGCUGGCCUCCUCUCAGAGGGAGCUUCAGGUGCUCUCUCAGCAGUUCUCCCUCAGGUGUUUGGAGGUUGGCCAUCUUGUUCAGGCCUUGGAGGCAGAGAGGAAGGCUCUAAGUGUGUGUCAGCAGGAGAACCAGCACCUGAGGACUAGGAACCAGGUGAGACACAUACACAGAAACACAUAUUUUUAUGAUUACGGGAUAUUUUAGGUUUAUAACUCCGAUUAGUUUGUGUGUAGACUCAUGGUGUUCUUUUGACUUGUUUAGGAGUUAAGUGCUCACCUGGCUGCAGAAAUCACCAGGCUGUGCUCUCAGGCGAAGCAGGACGACCUGCUGGUCUGUCAAAGGAUGGAUGUAUAUGAGAUGGAGGUAAAGUUUCCUGCCUGGGUGGAGGAAAAAUACAACAGAAAUAUUUAGUUUUCAGUCAGUGCUUUAAGUUGAGUAUCCUGUCCACUGUCCCAAAUUUUCUCCUGUUUUCUUUCAUUGUUCCUUUAUUUAACUUAUCUUAAAAUAAGAAGCUGAUUAUUUGUAUUAAUUUAGAUCACUCUGAGAGUGAAGGAGUCUGAAGUUCAGAGUCUGAAACAGGAGACCACAUCUCUGAAGGAUGAACUGCAGACUGCACAGAGGGUGAGAUACAUGAUGUCAAACCUUGGAAUUCCAAGAGCAAUAAAACAACUUGAGUCAGAGGUAGACCAACAACUCCUUUAAUUUUCUUGUUAAAUACUUAUAAUUAUUACCUUACAGGAAAAGAGGAAUGCCACAAAGAAAUACAAAGAGAUGUUCACGGAGCUCAAUGUCCUGAGAGCCAGAGCUGAGCAAGAGACGGAUGAACUGAGAGAGAACCUCAGGCUGGCUCACCGAGCUCUGGACCAGUCCUGAAAAAUAACAUAUAAUUGUACUUAAAUGAUUUCACCUUUUAAAAAAAUAUUUGAAGAAUAUCACCUCCUUUGUUUGGAAAUACAGAAAUGUUCAUAAAACAACCACACUUUAGAUAUUUAUGUUUGUCUGCUAUCAUUUAUCUG